AUGACUACUCCUGAGCUUGGAAGAGGCGGAGUAGCAGUGUUAAGCAAAUAUGAUUCAGUUAAUGCCAAAAUGCUGAAAAUCUUUGGCAACACAGGAGGAAUCAUUUAAAUUAGCUAUAAGUCCAGAGAUGAGAGCGACGAUGAAAACCACUACUUCUCUAAUAAAAUGAUUUUAUUCCCAGCAUACAUAAAUCCAAAUCCCACUAAAGAAGAGUAGUAAUGGAUUAAAGAAUACAUGGAUAGACUCGAAGAAACAUUACAUAGCACGAGACAUCCGAUUAUUGCAAUAGGAGAUUUUAACACCAAAGGACAUAAACUCAUGAGACAAAUAGCAAUGAAAGAUAUAAUGAAGAGAAUCUAAUUUACGUUCUAGUGUAUCAACUCACAAGGUAAUCAAGUAUAAUCCAAACCAGACGGCAUUUAUGUAAGUAAGUUGAAAAACAAGAAAGCAGAUGUUACGACUAUGAUGAUACAAGAAAGAGAAAAUGAUCACAGAGCAGUAAUAGCCCUCCUAGAUAGCCUCAUCAUAGAACGACCAUACAAGUAACACAAAAGGAGCGAUAUAGAAAUGGCAUGUUAAAUAACAGACUUACUAAAUGAAAUUGUACAUUCGUCAAUACCAUACAACUCAGCUGAAUAGAUUAUAUCGAAAUACUCAAUAAAGAGCGAUAUAAACACAAUGAAAAUUCAGAAAAUUAUAGAAGAUGCAUAUCUGAUAAACAGAGAAGAAAAGGUAUGA